AUGUCCUUUCCGCCCCCUCCAGGUCUGAAGCAAACGCCCUCGUCGCUCCCUCCGCGACCUCCUGCGCCUACAACCACUGUCUCGUCCGGCUUUAAGCCAGCAUACGCCGCUCCACCCUCUUAUUCGUCACCCGGUACUACUGGUGGAUAUGGUGGAAAUGCGCCUGGACCGGGACACAAUGCCUUCUCUUUUCAACCGCGUGCCGUAGCCGCCAGCCAGCCUUCUUAUCAAGCUCCACCAACCACAACAAGUGGUUAUCAAGCUCCGGCGACCUCUAAUUACGGAAACUACUAUCAACAGCAACCGCAGACCUACCAAAGCGGACCAUCAUACUAUGGCCAGGCACAAUAUAACGAUGCCACCUAUGGUUCAUAUCCGGACCAGGCAAACGCUUAUGGGAAGAACUAUGGACGCAAUGAUUCUGGUGUAGAUGCUGAGACAGAAGCCCAAAUUGCUCAAUGGCAGAGUGCCUAUGUUAACAGCCAGGAAAUGUCAACUGCCGUUCCCAGUAAAGGGCCCGCCCCUCGUGCUGCCCAGGGGCCAGGCGCCUAUACACCUUCGACCAGUGCCCCUGCAUCUAACACACCCACCCCGGCUCCCGGGCGCCUCCAGCAAGAUUCCAAGACCGUCGUGCGUUCUGGUGGUGGUCAGACUUGGACCGAUUCCACUCUCCUUGAAUGGGACCCGGCACAUUUCCGACUCUUCGUGGGUAACCUUGCAGGCGAGGUAACCGAUGAUUCCCUCUUCAAAGCGUUCUCCCAGUUUUCUUCGGUGCAGAAAGCUCGAGUCAUUCGUGACAAGCGCACACAGAAAAGUAAGGGGUUUGGGUUCGUCAGCUUCAGUGACGGCGACGACUAUUUCCGUGCCGCGAGAGAAAUGCAGGGCAAGUACAUUGGCUCUCAUCCAAUCCUCUUGAGACGGGCCAUGACUGAAGUUCGUCCUGUGUCCGGUAAUGCCAUCAAGGGAGGAAAGAAGAACCACGGUGGUGCCGGUGCUGGUGGUUCUGGCGGACGCCCGGGCUCUGGCAAGGUCAAGCAUGAUGGAGUCAAGAAACCUGGAAAAACGAAGGGUGGGCUGAAGAUACUGGGAUGA